UAAGUGAACAGUAUAGACAUGCCAGAAUAGCAAAAGAAGCAAUAAUCGAAGAGGAAGAUACCGAGCCACCUACACCUAAAGGUGGAGGCAGAACUAGAAAUGGUUGUAAGCCCACGGCUUCAUCGAGCAGAGCCGGUACGAAAGAACACGUCAUGAAAUGCAUAAGAGAUAUGCAGAAAGAGAUACGUCUAAUUCCUGAGAAAUGUGCUGAGAUAUUGCUCGAGAAGCUAAGUAAGAAGGGUUUGCUGGUGAAGCGAAGUGGGGACUUCCGUGAUGAGCGCGCUUAUGAGGACGAAAGUGAUGAGUGCGUGACAAAGUACAAGCCAAAGUAUCAUACGGAAGUUACUUCAUCUCCUUUGGAAGAACGCGCGGAGGAGAAGAUGGAUGCAUCCUUCACGGGUCCAAAUGGUACGAACUUUUCCAAUGACAAAGGCAUGCAGUCCAGUACACCCGGUAAAGGUGAUGAAAACGACCCCUUUAUUAUUGAGGACAAUGGUUCACCCAGGGAAGCAUCACCAUCAUUAGGCACGAAUGAUUUUCCUUCACUUACUAGAAACCCACAGAAAGAAAAUGCAGUAUCAGUCGGGUCUAGCGCUGAAAAUUCAGCGGAAGGUAGUUACCCUAGUCUAACAAGAAUCUGUACGGACGCGAUUAAUAAUGGGACUAAGGAGCAUGAUAAUGGGACUAAGGAGCAUGAUGUGAAGCGGAAACGCCAAAAGUCAAAGUAUUGUCUGUCCCCCUACCAGCAGGACGGUCCACGCAAACGUGUGAAAAAAAGUCUGUUUCGUAUACGUGAUAUUCUCCUUAGUACGGACUUUAUGGAUGAGAAUCACAUAGAGGGCGCGAGGGUUUAUAUCGACACGCUAGCACACUCGCCGAAGCAUUGUGCACAGACUGUGGUCCACAUGACGGGAAUAGGUGGGGAAACGUGUACGGCGGAAAUGCUUCAAGCUAUCACUUCGGGCCAGUGGUUGAAUGGCGCAGUCAUCAAUUGUUACUCGAACCACUUGCUGACUAGUACUCCUAUGCUUGAUCGGCAUGUUCUAACAUCAUGGGUGUCACACUGCCUUAUACAGCGCGCUGAAGGAAAGCUGAAACACUCGAACAUGAACUACAUGGAAUUUUUCACGAAAGAAUCGAAAACUGUGUCAAGAGUAGUUGACGAGUACUUCGCAAAAGAUAAGGCAUUUUUCCCUCUAAAUGUGAACAAGAAUCAUUGGAUAACCAUUGUCAUGCACAAUAAGAAGGAAGAGUUUCAAGUUCUAAAUUCUACUGGUAAAAUAAGCAAGGCAGUUCAUGCGAAGAUUGCUUCGAUGAGGGCAGAAAUUGCUGUAGAUACAAAUCAGGUAAACUCUGCUAUAGGUACACAUCAUCCAGAUGUGUCUAAAUGGCCAAUACAGGAGUACAAAAUGCCGAGACAAACAGACGGAGUGUCUUGCGGACUUUUCGUGAUGAAAUGCAUCGAACUCUGGGAUGGGGAUGCCUUCAGACAUGACUUUGACCAAGACGAGAUCAAUUCUUCAAGGGGACGCAUUCUCGCGGAAAUACUUUUUUCAGAGAGCAACACACUUACUAGGGUGAAGGAGAAGAUUCUGAAAAUUAUGGAGAAGGAAUAAGUGGGAGGAAUUGUGUAGGGUUUUUGCCCCCCACAUGAUUAUGCCUAUUUGGUACCAUUUCAUUAUUGUAAUAAUGGCAGAAUUUUGGUUUUAGCCACGUAGAUGAUUAUGCCUAUUCGGUGGUUUGGUGAUUGAGACAAUUUUUGCUACUGUUACAAUC